ACAUUCAGGAAGGUGAGGUGUGUCCUAUCUGCCUUGAGCAGGAACGAGCCGAGGACUGUCUACGUCAGUUGCCGUGCAAGCACGAAUACCACACAGCAUGCAUCGACCAGUGGCUGGCACAGAGCACCAACUGUCCCACCUGCAAGUACGACUUGCUUUCUCACACCGACCCCGCUACCACUAAAGGAGCUGGUACCAACUCCAACGCUUCGGUAGCCAAUAAUACGCCGGCUAGCAGCUCCGUGCUCUUGAUUGCGAGUUCAUAGUUGAAGACGUGAGUUCGACCCCUCUGCGCGCGAUGGGGGAGUGGGGAUGACCGGUACCUUAGUUUACGCUGUGGUUGUGAGUCAUUUCUGAGUACAUGAAGGCUACGAUACUUAGCGUCUAUUAUUUAAGACGUGCAAGGUGCUGCAAGGGGCUUCCCAGCCAGAGAGGGUGCUCGUGGGAUGGAUAAUUGUGACCUACAAAAUAUGAGAUAUGAAAUAUGAAUCUGGAACGAACAACGUACCACCAGAUAUAUAUAUAUGUGUGAAACAAGACCUUAAUAUAUGAAAUAAAGCUCCUAUGAUCAGGAUUGGGUUGAGUGCAAUAAAUACAAUCCCGAGUAAACCCGUUCACACCUGCCGCAAUAAAUACAUAUUAGCGCUCGGAAUGGCGCGGGGCUGCUCAUUUUUAGAUAUCCACUCCAUGUACAUGUACUAGCGGUAACCACCGUUCCCGUUGUCUAUGGCACAUCCAAGUCUCAUAUGACUGACG